UAGAAAUAAAUGUAAUGUUGGAGUCAGAAGUGGCAUUAAUUAAUGACUUCCAUGGAUGGUGCGCCUGAGGAUGUCUUCCCCAACAGCUUCCAAUUCAGCACAUACUGAAAUCCAAUGGACUCAAGAUCAGCCAGAGGACUCAGGUGGGAAAAUUAAGGGCUGUGCAAGUAUGAAAAGGAAGACAACGAAGAGAGUAGAGGCUGGCCCGAGUGGGAGAACAGAGGACGAACGGACCCUUGACUCCUCUUCCUCAGUGCAACUGGCUGACAGGGAUUUCAUCAUCAGUGUGUUGCUGAGCCUGUCCCAAGAGCAAUUCCAGUGUCUUUGGGAUGCCAUGGCAAAUAAUGUGCCCGUGUCUAAGCUGGCAUGGACUUUGUCAUCGUGGGUGAAGCAAUCUGCGAGGCAAGUGCUUCCUCAAGCGAUGAUGGAAGUCAAAACAAUUUGGGCUACUCUUCCGGUCUCCAUGGGUGCCUCACUUGAAUCCUCUUGCCCCGACAGAGUAAGGAUGAAUCUUCAGGCCUUGCAGGCCCAAGCACCAGGUGUCUCCACUUUUGCAUCCAAAUGCCUUCCUGAGCAGCCGGAGGUGUUGAACCAGGAGGAGUGCUGCCAUUCCAGUAGGGCUGCGCUCACUGAUGGGGACAGAAACAGCAUGGGUGACUCCUGCUGCUCAAUGCCUAUUGGUGCAACUCCACUGGUCUCUCCGACCAGACUCUGUAGGUUAAAUGUAGCUGGGGAAUUUCUGUGGAAUGCUGAUGUUUCAGAGCAUUUGCUGAAAACCAGGGGAGAGUUGUCUAAUGGUCUGUGCUCUGUCAGUGUUGGGCACAGCUCUGGCAUUACCCCUGGAGGUUAUACAGGUCAUAAGUUGCAAGAGGUUCGCCAGCUGGGGGCCCCUGCCAAAAUGUCUUCAUACACCUCCUCUGGUGGCCUUGUCUGUGGGAGUCUACAGUUUGACAUUUCCUCCAUUGGAUCCAACAUGUCUUCUGCUAUGGAUGCUCUGAAGAGCACCAUGGAAAGGAUGGUUCUCUGUGUGGAUAAUGCCAGAGCUUCUCAGGAGAGGCUUGAGACCCUCUUCGCAAGUGGACUACUCCGACCCUUCAUCCAAGACCUGGUGGAUCAGCUCCGGGAGGUCAUCUCCUUUGGGAAAACCUCAGCUCCCUCCCAUAUUGAGAGAUCGACAUCUGACCCUGCCGUUUCACUGUCUAGAUGGGCCAACAAGAGUCAAAGGAGACUCACAACGGAUAGAAGUGUAGAGAUCACUUGGGUCUACAUACAGAAGGUUGUUCGAACUUUACUGCGGGAGUUACUGAUCACCCUACACAUGCCUCGGGCUGAGAAUGAGAAAAGUACCUGCUCCUCCAGGACUUACCAGAGGCCCUCUGAGAAGGUGUGCACUGAGGUGGUGGAAGUUUUCACCGAGGCACUGUUGCGGCAGGUAAUGACAUUGUUACCCAAUAGACAGACAACUUGCUUAUCCCCUUCACCAUCAAAAGCACCCUUGCAGUCCCACUCCAGCCUGGCCAGUGACAUUACCCAUAUCUCACUUGUGCCACCACCACACACAUCAGGCCUAAACUUCCAAGGAGACGACUACCGGUGCCUGGUCACAAUCCUGGUGGUGAAACUGCUGCUGAACAUCCACCAGACAGAAGAGUAUGACCGUUUUGUAAGCAUUCCAAAACUCUCUCAGAUGCUAGCCAACAGGGUGCUGUUUGAAUUCUGUGCCAUGUCUGGCCUCUCCAAAAGUGAACCUUAUCCUCCCACACUGCCAAUUCAGAAGGUCUAUCGGGACGUCUACAGGAAGCUGCUGGCCGAGUUUGGCACCAAGGGAGAACUUCAGAGGGCUGUUUUUUCUCAGCGAGUCUCUUUCAGCAAGAGCCUGGUCAACCUGCUCUGUGAAGAGCUACUGAUGCAGUGUCGAAAAGAGAAGGUGGCAAGCCUCUCAAAUCCAAACAAGAAAGUGAUGAAUGCAGCAAACCUUCCUAAAACUACAUUACAGAAAGAUCAAGACAGAAAGAUCUCUACCAAAGUCUCUUCAUUCUUCAAGGAGAGGCGGUCCUCAAAGAAGUUUUUCCGCAGGACCAACCAAGUGACACCACAUGGUGGUGGGGCCCAUCAGACAUCGAGAGCAUCUGUUGAUUACUGCAAUGGCGGCUCAAGCUCCCUCUCAUUCAUACAGACAACUCCGGUUCAGGAGACAGGUCCCUCACCCUAACCACUUCUGUGGACGAAACAACGGUCAACGAAACAACUCUCUGAUCUUUGUAUCCAUCAUAGCCUUUUUUUCAGUAAGAUUUGGUUAAAAAACUUGCAUUUUAUUUUAUCUAUAAAA